AUGGCUGAGAACGGCACUACUCUCCCCACCAACCCUUCCACCGAGGAGACCAGCUUUGCUGAGAACAAGGGCAAGGGCAAGGCCGCAGCUGAGGAUGUUCCUCACACUGGAGAUGCGGCCAUGGAUGAGGAUGACGAUGAGGACGACGAUGAUGACGACGAUGAUGAUGACGACGAGGAAGAGAAUGCUGCUGGCGGUGAGGAGGAAGACGGCAUGGAAGAGAUUGACCUGAACAACAUUGUUGACGGUGGUCGUCGUACACGCGGUGCAAAGAUUGACUUUGCCAAGGCUGCUGAACAGCUCCCCGCCGAUGAGGAUGAGGAAGACGACGACGAAGACUUCCAGCCUCCUGCUGAGGACACUGAGAUGACUGGUUAG